CUUGAGUGUUGUAUCGAGUCAUUUGCCUCAGUGUAUAUCAGCUACUAAAGGAACCGUUUCAAACGACAAGCAUAGACAAGUUUGUACUAUGGCGAAUAUUGGGAUACUUAUUGCAAUGGUCAGUUUUUUACCAGAAACAUAUGCUCAAAUUUGUACUGUACCAGAACUGUCGCAGUGUAUAUGUCUUCACGGAGGAACAGAGGUAGACUGUCGAGGAAUCGGUUUAACAGAAAUACCGAGAAAUAUUCCGAACACCACAAAAGCGUUAUACCUUGAUAGAAAUGCGAUAACAAUAAUAGAUUCAGCUUCGUUAUUCGGAUUGACAUCCCUCGAACUAUUAAGUUUAACUGGUAAUACAAUUACCAGUAUAGAAACGGGUGCGUUCGAUUGGCUUUGGUCACUGACUUAUCUCUCCCUACAAGGAGAUACUGAACUUGAUAUUCCUGGAGAAGUGUUGACUGCAAUUAAUUCAUUUACAAACCUUUCAUCUCUAUCACUUAUAAAUUGUAGAAUUUCAUCAGAAGAUAUCAAUUUACUAUCUGGAUUACAAUCCCUUAAGACUUUAUCCCUACCUAACAACGAUAUUUCCUAUAUAAAAGCUGGAUUUUUCAACGGCUUUUCGUCGUUAGUAAAUUUACAACUUUGGGGUAAUAACUUGACAACUGUAUCAGCGAAUAUAUUUAACACAACAACAAACAUUUCCCUGCUGGUCUUGGCAGAUAAUCCACUGUUGUGCUGUACGAUGACAGAUUUUUUUGAAUGGCGACCGAAUCAACCCAAAUUAAGAAAUCUAUAUGGAACAUGUAACGAUUUUAACCGGACGACAGAUAUCAAUUUAUUUAAUACGUCACAUUGUACAUUUCCCGUGGACGGCCAAUGGGGUUCCUGGUCUACUCCGACGUGUUCUGUCACAUGUGGUGUUGGUACUGGAUUAAGAAAUAGGAGUUGUGACAGUCCACCACCCUCUGACAAUGGAAAGGAAUGUGUUGGACCUAACAUGGAAGCAAUUAAUUGUAGUUUAGAAGUUUGUCCAGGUAUAUAUUGUCAAUAUAACUUAAGUAUCGCUUCUCCCUUCUGA